UUUACGUACCUAUUUGGAUCUCCGAGGGAGCUCUGAGGAUGCCUGCCCUCUCUGUACCGUUGAUUCUUGUUGGACCUGGAACUGGAUGUGCACCGUUCCGGUCAUUCAUCGAGGAACGGUCGGCACUCCUGGUUCCAGAUGUAAACCAACCUUUGUCGACGGGAGAUGUCCCGGUUUCAGCAAUUUCAGCACAAGCUGGGAGGCCUGCAGUCGGGCCUGUGUUUUUCUUUUUCGGCUGUCGCAACGAAAAAGGCGACUUCUUGUACCGUGAGGAAUGGGAACGCCACUGUUCGGAUGCAGGUGUGUUGUGCAAUGAGCGAGGUGGUGGCUUCGCAGUUGCCUUUUCGAGAGACCAGUCGAGCAAGGUCUACGUGCAGCAUAAGAUCAGAGCUGAUCGGGAGCGUUUGUGGCGACUGCUGCAGAAUGGUGCUCAUAUCUAUGUCGCAGGCUCAGCAUCGAAGAUGCCUGCUGCUGUUUCUGCCGCUUUCAAAGACGUGGUGGCCGAGGAGAGCGGCAUGGCGAAGGUCCAGGCAACAAAGUGGAUCGAGGAGAUGGAACGAGGCGGUCGCUAUCAUGUCGAAUCGUGGUCGUAGAAGUCGCAAUGUUUCGAGUCAACCUACGUCCAUUUUGUACGUCGACUGUGUAAUGCCCUCUAUCUAUUCGGGGUAGGCACGUGGAUGUACGACCGCGUUUGGUGGUAUGUUCUAGGGUGCCUUGAUAGAGUUACGAGUGGGCAGCAGCAGGACCAAUCGGAGAAGAUCGAAAGAGUAACAAGUGGGCGGCAUCGGAGGAUGCUUCGUCAGCUUUGGCUUGAAUAAAAGUGUGGCGAAACUUUGACAUGAAUAAUGCCUCCUGAGUCACAGCUUCGGCUCUCCGAGAUAUCUUCGCAGGUUGCUCAUCCUUCUUUAGGAAAGACCUGGCAGAAGCUGAGUAUGGCUGUGGAGAAGAUCGUGGCAUCAUAGAUGGAUGGAAUGAACGGAGGAGAUUGAUUGAGAAUUUCAGAGGCAAAAGUCGGCAAAACUUUGAUUUGAAUAAUGCCUCCCGAGUCACGGAUUGGACUCUCCACCAAGUUAUCUUCGCAGGUUUUUUUAAUUUUUCUUUAGGAAAGACCUGGCAGAAACUGGGUAUGGCUACGGUGAAGGUCAUGGAAUCAUGGACGGAUGGAAAUUUGGAUUCAAAUUGGAUGGAGGAGAUUGACUGAGAAAUUUGCACGGCAUCCAUGAUGAAUGAAACCCAUGCCUCAGUUUCCGAAAGUGGUCCAAGUUGACUGAAUCUUUUUUGACUUCCCAAAAAUUUGGCAAUUUGACUUGCAUGCUUUUGAGGUUGUCGUCGACUUUUUUUUUUUUUUUUUUUUUCCUUCCAACUUUGAAAUUUGAACUUGUCGGAGCUAUUGAGAAUCCGCACAACGAAGAUGCAGACGUGCACUUGAAUGUAUGGACUCUGGAGGUGAUUAAGUAGAGGUGAUGUCAUCAUGUUGACGUGCUGCCAUAGCUUUUUCAGUUUUGCAGAAACGAACUCCUCCUUUGGUGAAGGUGCCCAUGAAGGGGUUUCAUCUGCUUGCAAAGUUGCAAACUUGGGAAAAAAAAAUAAAACAAAAAUGUGGCUGUUGUGGCAGCUGUUCAGGUUGGAGCUUGCUCUGACGUAAUGGGUGGCAGAGUGAUGGAAACACUGGAAAGACAAAUUGACGAGGACAGCAAGAGCAAGUCGGGAAUUAAACCAACAAUCCCUGGUCGUGACUCCCGACUGUGGAUUUGCCAGUUAGUUGAAUUAGAUAUGUUAUCAACAUUUUUUUUUUCUUUUUUUUUUGUCAAUGUCAAAUGUAAUCUUUUGUUCACCUCUGUCAUGUUGUGUGCAUCAGGUUGGCACCUUCCCUCGCCGCCACGGUGGAAGCAAACAUCUUUAUAUAACAAUCAUCUUUCUUAACAUUUUUGGCAUUUUCGUCCCAUCCACG